CCGCCCAGACCAGCGUAGCUCCAGUCCCAAAGUUUAGCAAGAGUUUACCUCGAUCACAAAUUCAACUACAACCUCAACCUCAACUCCACCUUGGACAAUGAUCAGGUCCAGUUACCCUAAUUGAAGCUAUUUGCUACCUCUGGCCGUCCCGUUCCCGAUCUUUGCUGCUUAGAUUGCGCCACGGUGGCUUCUUCGGAAUUCUCCAUCAUGGACGUCAUCGACACAACGACCAUUGUGUCUCUCAUCGCAGUCGUUGCAAUUUUGACAACAGCAUACAUCGUCUCUCUGUACGCCUUGACACCAUCCAGCGCACCGAGGUUUCGUAUUUUGUUCAUCUGGCACGCCUUCGACUUCCUCAUCCAUACCAUCUUCGAGGGGUCAUAUCUAUACAAUUGCUUCUUCACAUCCAAGCCCUUCGAUUCUGCGACUCACCAUCCCGCAUCGAUCACGAACUUCCUGGGACAGAGUGAUCGAUUGCAUGGCGCUGCAUACGGGGACAACUGGGGAUCGAAGUUAUGGAUGGUCUACGCCCAAGCGGACAAACGAUGGGCGGGUGCAGAUCUCACGGUGAUCAGCCUGGAGCUCUUGACGGUCCUGGUAGCAGGACCACUUGCUGCUUGGAUAUGUUACGGAAUUGCAAAAAGGGACUGGCGUGUUAGUUUUUGGAUGAUUGUUUUGGCAACGGGGGAGAUAUACGGAGGUAUUUCUUCCAAACAUCUCAUUUAUUUGCACUGCAGUAGUUGACAUAUCGCGCAACAGGUUUCAUGACAUUUGCCCCAGAAUGGCUCACUAUGAACCAGAAUCUGAAUGGUAGCAACUUUAUGUUUUUGUGGGUAUACCUGGUAUUUUUCAACAUGCUGUGGGUUUUUCUGCCCCUCUACGCUAUGUGGGUUGCAUUCAAAGAUAUUGAAAAUGCGUGUAUGGUCCGCUACGGUGUGAUUGCGGCAGCCCAGAAGAAGCACGAAAAGAAGAGCAAAUAGGGGGUAUACAACCGCGUCGAUACACAAUAUCUACAACUAGGGUGAUCCGGGGACAACCAUGGGAGGCAAAGUUGUAUUACUUGGUAAAAGAUACACGAGAAUAUAUCCCUUGUUUGUGACUCAACUGCAGCAGUCAGAUCGAGAGACCACAAGCUAUGAGACUCGAACAUUCCCAGAAUAACUUCCGUCUAUCAUGGAGCGAGGAUGCGCCAACACGGUAACCUGCGCCUACGCAUUUUCUAUGCAUUAUGUAUCUCAAUGGAGUGAAAUUUAUUUUGAAACCUUUCGCUCUGAUUAUUCCAUCAUCACCCAAGAUGAAAUCAUGAAAUUCAGUAAGUGUCUAGAGAAUUUGUCACUCAACAAAUAUUCACUGGUUUGAUAGUUGACGUACUAUAGGCUAUAGUUGGUUGGCUCUCUACUGGCUAUUGAUAACCAGAUCGACAAACAGUUGUCGGUGGUUGUUUUCCCAUUCGUCGCACCAAAGUAUUGGUAAAGACGGCCGACCCAUUGAACCAGAAAUGACUUUUGGUGGAUGCCGCAACUCUCCCCGAAGACUUGGAGCGUGUGAUUUCAAGGAUCAAUUUGUCAAGUAUCCCUUGUCUUUAUGUCCAUCACAUUGGCGAGCUUAUUGCUUUACUCAGAACCGAGACACUUUCUCUACUCACAUCCCCUCAAUCACAAGUUUUUCGGGACUUCCGUACCACAAUUGGAACUUUCACUGCAUGAUAUUACCUUUUCGGGUUUUUAUCAUAUUAUUUUACCCCACAUGUUGUUCUGAUGCUGCUGUGCAUCAAGAGGAUCACUCGAUGACUAAGUCAAGUCCAUUGGCGCCUCUGUUUUCUGUCUGAAGGAGAACUGUUAAAUGUAUCAGUAUUAACUCCCCUCCGUCCCUUUUUUUUUGAGGUCCAUCGAAUAAUCCGGCACCUUCGAACGCCUUCCGUUAGUUAUGAAUAAUGCAUUUUCCACGUUAUCUUUUUACGGCUCUAGUAUAAGGUCUUACGACGUAUACGAAUCUUCGCUUUUCGGCUCGAUUCUAGACUCACUGGUCGUUAGAAUGGCCGUUGACAGGAACACUGGAAUUUAAUGCAUUAACUGCGUCAAGUAUGGCGGUGGAAACAGCGACCCCUCAACCCCGCAUGCGAAUCCAGGCCACAUUUUUGUGGCUCACCACAGUCUGAUCGCCCUUGAAGAUCCUAAAUAUACAAAUGUCACGAUUUCACGAUUUAAAUACCGCAUGCGAGGUGCGCCGCAAAAGUCCCACGUGGCACUGGGGCAAUUUUAGGUCGGUCAAUGGUGUCAAUAUAAGCAUACUCGUAUAUAUUGACUUUAAGCAAAAGAUUUACGAAGCAGCGUCUCCCAUAUCGAUAUCGGAUACAAUAUUGUAAUAUGCCGCAUAUAUAUGCCGCUCGGCACCUGAAUUCAUGGACUUGAUGAAGAUGGAGGAUGGUUGCUGUCCGUAAAGUACGAAGCAAAUGGGAUAGGGUCAUGGGCUUGAAAGGUUUCAAGGGAGAUAGAUGGGACGAAUGGUAAGAUUUAGGGACCUUUAAAUUACAGUAACCACAAAUCCUCCGGGCCGCGGUGAGAAGGCAACGAGAUUUCAUAUCUACAGACUUUUCUUAUGUCUGGACUUGAUAAAUCCCUCGUUUUCGGGAUCCUGAUCGCCCGUGGACGAAGGGGUGACCUGUGGCGGGCGUGGAAUGAUGCGAAGCAGGCAUACGUUUACGGCUGGCAAGGAGUUGGUUAUAUUACAGUAAUGCGGAUGUGAUAACCUUAAAGAGGAUGAUGUAGAUUCCGG